UUUUUCAGGGAAGUUAUGCCAGGUGCUAUGUCUCCUCUAGGUGCCGAAUUUAUUAGCAAAUUUUUUAUGGCAGGACUUUCCAAACAAGCUUAUGAGAAGGGACAAGUGGACCCGUUUGCUAAAAGCAUAUAUUACCCGUCAUUAAUAAAAACAUUUUACUACCAGGCGGUGAUGGGUAUUCCAGAGUGGAUUUGUCGUCAUGGUCAUGAUACAAUAUUUUCAAAAGGAUUGAGCAUCAGCAUAUUUGGACGUCUUCUGGAUGAACCAGAACUUAAUGAAGUUGCAAAAGAGAGAGUGCCUGAUUUACCCAAGGCCACUUUUCUGAGUGACCUAAAAUUUAUAAAGGUAGCAUUAAAUUUAUUAAAAUUGUCGAAGAUUUUUUUUAUAAAGAUGCAAAGAGUGAAAUCACAUACGGGGAAGAAGACUUUCUACGCUUUUUGUAAAAAUUUAUUCUAGUGAUUGCUUAGUUAA